UUUCAGAGGGCGAUCCCUGAAUCACCAACCCCCCACCUCCCCUACACCCUCCAUCCGGAGAAGGGACCAGGGGGCGGAGCAGGCGGGUGACCAGCCGUGACGCGAGCCCGGCCCGCUCAUAUAGAGGCUUCAGAGGGCUCAAGGAGUGUGCUCCGCCGCCGCAACCGCCACCCGCUCUGCAGUCUCGACUCCCAGCACCACAACCUCCGCGCCCACCAGCAGCGCCACCGACAUGCGGGAGAUCGUGCACCUGCAGGCCGGCCAGUGCGGCAACCAGAUCGGGGCCAAGUUUUGGGAGGUGAUCAGUGACGAACAUGGCAUCGACCCCACUGGCACAUACCAUGGGGACAGUGACCUGCAGCUGGAGAGGAUCAAUGUGUACUACAAUGAGGCCACAGGAGGGAAUUAUGUCCCCAGAGCUGUGCUGGUGGACCUGGAGCCUGGCACCAUGGACUCUGUCCGCUCUGGUCCCUUUGGCCAGAUCUUUCGGCCUGACAACUUUGUGUUUGGCCAAUCCGGAGCCGGCAACAACUGGGCCAAGGGGCACUACACCGAGGGCGCGGAGCUGGUGGACGCGGUGCUGGACGUGGUGCGGAAGGAGGCGGAGAGCUGCGACUGCCUGCAGGGCUUCCAGCUGACGCACUCGCUGGGCGGCGGCACGGGCUCAGGCAUGGGCACGCUGCUCAUCAGCAAGAUCCGCGAGGAGUUCCCCGACCGCAUCAUGAACACCUUCAGCGUGGUGCCCUCGCCCAAGGUGUCGGACACGGUGGUGGAGCCCUACAACGCCACUCUGUCGGUGCACCAGCUGGUGGAGAACACGGAUGAGACCUACUGCAUCGACAACGAGGCGCUCUACGACAUCUGCUUCCGCACGCUCAAGCUGACCACGCCCACCUAUGGGGACCUCAACCACCUGGUGUCGGCCACCAUGAGCGGGGUCACCACCUGCCUGCGCUUCCCGGGCCAGCUCAACGCCGACCUGCGCAAGCUGGCGGUGAACAUGGUGCCCUUCCCGCGCCUGCACUUCUUCAUGCCGGGCUUCGCGCCGCUGACCAGCCGGGGCAGCCAGCAGUACCGCGCGCUCACCGUGCCCGAGCUCACCCAGCAGAUGUUCGACGCCAAGAACAUGAUGGCCGCCUGCGACCCGCGCCACGGCCGCUACCUGACGGUGGCCGCGGUGUUCCGGGGCCGCAUGUCCAUGAAGGAGGUGGACGAGCAGAUGCUGAGCGUGCAGAGCAAGAACAGCAGCUACUUCGUGGAGUGGAUCCCCAACAACGUGAAGACAGCCGUGUGCGACAUCCCGCCCCGCGGCCUCAAGAUGGCGGCCACCUUCAUCGGCAACAGCACGGCCAUCCAGGAGCUGUUCAAGCGCAUCUCGGAGCAGUUCACCGCCAUGUUCCGGCGCAAGGCCUUCCUGCACUGGUACACCGGCGAGGGCAUGGACGAGAUGGAGUUCACCGAGGCCGAGAGCAACAUGAACGACCUGGUGUCCGAGUACCAGCAGUACCAGGACGCGACCGCCGAGGAGGGCGAGUUCGAGGAGGAGGCAGAGGAAGAGGUGGCCUAGCGCCACGUCUUUGCUGCCUCUCCACCGGCCCUAGGCACCUGCCCUCCCUGAAACCCCAUUUCCUCCCCUCAGCCCAACUCAGCUCUGACCCUGCCAUUUCUUGAAUGUCACUUUGCCCUGGCCCUGACAAUGCUUUUAGAGCCCACUUCACCUCUGACCUUGCUUCGUCUUUGACUCUGAGCCCCAUUUUAUCUUUGAACUCCCACGAGCUCUUCUAAUUGUAACGCCUCCAGGAUCCCUGCUUCAUUCCUGACCCCGUAAGCCCUGCUCUGACUUCUUCACCUUUAAACCACCCCCCCACCAUGAACCCCAUUUCCCUUCUAACCUAUAAGCCUUGGUUUAAUUUUGCCCCCUCCUUCUGAGUCUCACUUCACCCCUGACCUUGACCCUCUGGGCCUUGCUCCCCUCCCUUCCCAUAACCCCCACAGCCUCCCUGACCUCACCCCUCUCAGCUCCUGCCCCCUUUCCCUUACCCAGGGUGGUGAGAUGCUUCUUCUGGGAUAGAAACGAGGCCUGGUGCCCAUGAGGAAGAGAGCCCCUCCCCAUCCUCCUCUUCCCUGCCUUAUAAUAAAGUAAUUCUUGUCCUAGA